AUGCAUCCUGAGGAGCAAGAUGCAGAAGUUUUGAGCCGAGUUCUCUCAUUCGUUGAGGAUGCGCCCGCUAGAGGGGAGUCGACAUUAGUCCAUGCGGCGGCCAGGAGAGGACACGGCAUCAAGGAGGCGCUCGACAAGGAACCGUGGGCGUUGAACGAGCCCGAUUGCACUGGAAAGUCUCCCAUUCAUGCGGCUAGCAAAUAUGGAAACAAAAACGCGCUGGAAGAAUUGAUCGAGGCGAAUGCUAGUGUGAACAUGAAAGACUUCGUGGGACUCACAGCACUGAUGCUCGCAUCGCUCAACGAGCACGUCGAUUGCGUGCGACUGCUGCUUAGGCACAGUGACAUCAAUAUCGACCAGCGAGACAAUGAAGGACGUACAGCUCUUUGUUACGCCGCAAGAACCUGCGACCCAGAAGUAGUUGCAGCGCUGUUGGCGGAAGGAGCCUCUGUCUCGGCUCGAUACAUCACAGGCGACUCGCCGCUGCACUGGCUUGGAAAAAAUUUUAAUUAUACUGGGAUGACACCAUUAAUGCAAGCAAUCAUCAACAACAGAGUAGCACCGUUACAGUGUCUUGUGGAGGCUGGAGCUUCGAUGCAACUGCUCGAUAAAUGGGGUCGCAGUAUAUUGCACAAGGCCGCAAUCAGUGAUCUGGACGUCCUGCAAUAUCUUUUGAGCCUUGAUCCCACAAUGUUUCGAGGUAUCAGUCCAUCUCAGCCAGACGCAUGGGGCCGUGCGCCUUGGGACAAGUUCGAGGACACUUUGUUCCCAGACGACAUAGGUUAUAGGGAGGAAUCCUCCCACGAAGCUAGCGAGGCAGCCUUCAACCAGCUCCUGCAAAUUGCCCAAGAUGAAAACAUGCGAUGGGAGAUAAACGUUCUAGAAUCCACACUAGCACACGUGCGUCAAAGUCGAGUGGAUGAAGCACGGUCUCAGCUCGAUUCAGGGAUUGUCCAACGCAGAAAGUGGAAGGACGAUGAGGGAGUUCGCUAUUAUCGAGGCAUAAGCCAGCACAUCCAAGCUGGCGUUUUUGAGGGGGUCAUCACAACGCUCGAGGAAGAUAUUGAAUAUUUACGUGGACAAAUUGGCUCGUCGCCGUGGCUGGGAGAUUCCGAUUCCAGCUUGUCCGACUCAAGCGACAUUGCCAGCAGCGAAGAGGAGGACGAUCAAACAGAUGGCAGCGAAGACGAUGGCAGUGAAGACGGUGACGACGCUUACGAAACGGCCGAAUCAGGAGACGAGGCUGAAAACGAAGACACCAUAACGGCGCUAUGA